AUGAACCCUUCGGCCUCCUUCCUGGCCGGGCGCCAGAACAUUGGGUCAGAAGUUGAGAUUUCCACUAUCGAGAAGCAACGGAGAGAGCUACAGCUUCUCAUUGGAGAAUUAAAAGAUCGAGAUAGAGAGCUCAAUGAUAUGGUUGCAGUACAUCAAAGACAACUUCUUUCAUGGGAAGAGGAUCGGCAGAAAGUGUUGACUUUGGAAGAACGUUGCAGCAAAUUAGAAGGUGAACUACAUAAAAGAACUGAAAUAAUCAGGUCACUCACAAAGAAAGUAAAAACCCUUGAAUCGAAUCAAAUUGAAUGCCAGAGUACUCUUCAAAAGACUCAACUACAGCUUCAAGAAAUGGCCCCAAAGGCAACCCAUUCCACUCUCCUCUCUGAAGACCUUGAGGCUAGAAACGAAAAUCUCAGCAACACAUUAGUGGAACUUUCCGCUCAAGUGGGACAAUUGCAAGCUCGAGAACAGGCUCUCACCACCAUGAUAAAGCUGAAGGACAAAGAUAUUAUCGAGGCAGUCAAUCACAUUGCUGACUGUUCGGGUAAAUUUAAAUUGUUAGAGCAUGCCUUACGCGAUGCUAAGAUGGUGGAGACCUGUAUUGUGAAAGAAAAGCAAGAUUAUAAGCAGAAAUUGAAGGCACUUAAGCUUGAAGUCAAUAAGCUAAAAGAGGAUCUAAAUGAAAAGACAACAGAAAAUAAUGGACAACGAGAAGAGAUCAUUCGUCUCAAGCAAGCGAAAAGUUGCCUGCAUGAUGAAUUGGUUUUUGCUGAUUCUUCAGAUGCAAACCGGCAGAGCUUCAGACUGAAAGGCAGCUCUUUCAAAAUGACCUGUCAGAAAACACUGCAGGAUUCCACUCCAGUGGGUGCCCUGGAGUCGACAACUCAGGGACUGAAGUGGAUAUCGGUGCCAGGGGCCGUGGGAGGGAAUGGGGAGUGA